ACUGGAGAGAGCGUGACAGAGCGCUUUACGACAGUCGCUUUGUGGCAGUGGCUGAGGAGGAAGAUGGCGGCCGCCUUAGUAUCCGCUGGAGGAGCGGGGUCUGUCCCAGCCUGGGGUCCCGAGGCUAUUGCCCCCGACUGGGAAAGCCGGGAAGUCUCCACAGGGACCACUAUCAUGGCCGUGCAAUUUGAAGGGGGCGUGGUUCUUGGAGCCGACUCCAGAACUACCACCGGGUCCUACAUUGCCAAUCGAGUGACUGACAAGCUGACCCCUAUUCAUGACCGUAUCUUCUGCUGCCGCUCUGGCUCAGCAGCAGAUACCCAGGCAGUAGCUGAUGCUGUCACGUAUCAGCUCGGUUUCCACAGCAUUGAGCUAAAUGAGCCUCCGCUGGUGCACACAGCCGCCAGCCUCUUUAAGGAGAUGUGUUACCGAUACCGGGAAGACUUGAUGGCAGGAAUCAUCAUUGCGGGCUGGGACCCCCAAGAAGGAGGGCAGGUGUACUCGGUGCCCAUGGGGGGCAUGAUGGUAAGACAGUCCUUUGCCAUUGGGGGCUCUGGGAGCUCCUAUAUCUAUGGCUAUGUCGACGCUACCUACCGGGAAGGCAUGACCAAGGAAGAGUGUCUACAAUUCACGGCCAAUGCCCUCGCUUUGGCCAUGGAACGGGACGGCUCCAGCGGAGGUGUGAUCCGCCUGGCAGCCAUCGAGGAGUCAGGGGUGGAGCGGCGGGUACUUUUGGGGGACCAGAUUCCCAAAUUCACCAUCGCCACGUUACCGCCUCCCUGAUUCCUAGAAUUCUAGGAUACAAUAAGAGACACCCCAUAGCGACAUAAAAUUCAAUAAACACUUUGUCAAAAAGAA